GGCAUCACUGAUCACUGAUGUGAAUCAUCAAUCCGAAUUAUUCGAAAUAUUUUCUUGCUCUUUACAACUGGUGAAAUUGAUAAAAUUUUGAAGACUUGUAGUAAAAGGUGCAUUUAAAAGUGCUUUAAAAUGUCCGAUCUUUUGAGUGUUCCGCUUAAAAAGCCGACAGAUGUGGAUGUUACGCGACCGCUGAAUAACUUGAUCAAAAGCUCGUACAGCAGCCUGGGAGUAGAGAAAAUAGCCGAAAUAAGUGAAUCUGUAAACAAAUUCAAUCAACAACGAAACUCGGCUGUUUGGAAGGCUUUCGAAAAGUUUGAGAGCUCGCUGGAAAUUAUAUACGGGUACUAUGAUCAACUAUGUGCACUAGAGACUAAAAUUGUGGUCCAGGACUUCCAAGUGCCUUUCAAAUGGAAAGAUGCAUUCGACAAAGGCUCAAUAUUUGGAGGCCGGAUGAGUUUGACAUUGCCGUCGCUGGGCUACGAAAAAGUUUGCAUACUUUUCAACAUUGCGGCUUUACAAAGUGCAGUUGCAUCUUCGCAAGGGAUUGAUAAUGACGAAGGCUUGAAAUUGGCAGCUAAGCUCUUUCAACAAAGCGCUGGGAUUUUCAAUCAUUUGAAAAGUGCCGCCCCUGCUGCUAUCCCACAGGAACCAACGAUGGAUUUUAUGAUGGAUACUUUGAAUGCCUUGGCAAGUCUUAUGCUAGCCCAAGCCCAGGAAAUAUUUGUCUUCAAAGCAAUUAAAGAUAGCAUGAAAGAUCUAAUUGUGGCCAAAUUGUGCUGCCAGUGCGAAGAAAUGUACUCGGAAGCUUUGAGGCUGCUGCAGAAGGAUUCGGUUCGCACUCUGUGGGAUAAAGAUUGGAUUGCCACCGUCGCUGGUAAACAAGCUGGAUUCCACGCACUGACUAUGUUCUAUCAUAGCUUGGUAUCGAAAGGUAACAAGGCGGUUGGGGAAGAAAUAUCUCGGCUUCAAAAAUCAGUUGAACUAUUCAAGAUCGCUCAAUCCCGUUCGGGAAAACCGAAUUUCCUUGAUGAGUACGCCACAAGAGCGCAGAGAAAUCUGACCGAAGCUAAAAAGGAUAACGAUUUCAUUUACAAUGAAAUGAUUCCCGACAUUAACUCGUUACCUGGCCCCGGAAAAGCACAACUAGCAAAGUAUCUCCCCAUUGCCAGCCCAAUGAGCCAGAACUUUAAGGAUCUGUUCGCCGAUUUAGUGCCAGUAGCACUACACCAAGCGAUGGCUGCAUGCGACAACAGAAAAAAUGAAAUAGUUAACGGAGAAGUCAUGAAGCUGAGAGAAGCGACGCAAGCCAUAAAUAGCUUGCUUUCGAGCUACAAUUUACCGGCUGCUAUUGAAGUCACCGAAAGUGGUUCAACGUUGCCACCGUCACUUCUAGAAAAGGCCAACACAGUCCGCGAGAAAGGUGGUAUCGAAGGUUUAUUGCAAAUGGUUGGCGAGUUACCAGAAUUGCUAAAUCGCAAUAGAGAGAUCCUAGAUGAGGCUGAACGAAUGCUAAAUGAUGAAAGCAGCUCCGAUGAGCAGCUGCGUGAGAAAUUCAAGGAACAAUGGACUCGUACUCCUUCAAACAAACUGACGCAAACAUUCCGUGAAAAUUGCGAAACCUAUCGAAAGAUCAUCAACAAUGCCAUUACUGCUGAUAAAACAGUGCGUGAAAAGUUUGAGAAGAACCGCCGAGGCAUUGAAUUGUUGUCUAUGCCUCAGGAGCAGCUUGCUAAUGAGAUACCAUGUGGGACUACCACCAACAAAGAUUGCAAUUCAUCUGCAGCCCAAAAACUGAGAAGUCUAAUGGAAUCAGUUGAAACCAUUAAAGCAGAACGAGAUGUAAUUGAAUCCGAACUACGAUCUGCCACUGUGAAUCUUAAGGAACAAUUUCUAGCUGCACUGGCUGCGGAUGGUGCGAUUAACGAACCGGCUAUAUCGUUGGCAGAAAUUGGCAAAACAGUUGCACCACUUCAAAGUCAGGUUCAGGAUAAUCUUUCACGCCAGGAGACGUUGAUUCAGGAUAUCAAACAGGCUCAUCAAGAAUUCGCUGCUGAAUCCGGAUCUAGCACUCAAUCAAAUGAUGCAAUGCUGACCCAACUGGCAACCGCUUAUGAUGUAUUUUCAGAACUGCAGCACAAUUUACAGGAUGGGGUUAAAUUCUACAACGAUUUGACGCAGUUGCUCAUAACUUUCCAGAAUAAAAUCUCUGAUUACUGUUUCGCCCGUAAGACGGAAAAGGAUGAAUUGUUGAAGGAUUUGACUCAGCAAGCUAGUCGUCAAGCACAACCACCAACUCCUAGCAUUCCUGCACAUCUUCAAUCGACUACUCCAGCAGUCCCCGAAUCACCAUCAUCAUCAGCUCCUGCAGCGACUGCAGUUAUGCAAACUCCAUAUCCAAUGCAACCACAGGGAAUGCCAGUGCCCUACGGGGCAACAGCAGCCGUUCCAUAUCCAACAUAUGUACCACCUCCGAUGCCGCAAGGAUUUAAUCCUUACGCUACCAUACCGUAUCCUAGUAAUCCAAAUGCUUAUCAAGGAUUCCCGCAGGCUCCGGCAUAUUAUGGAACCUAUCCAGGUGCAUACGCAAACCAACAAGGUCAGCAGCCGCCACAACAGAAUCCGAAUAAACCGUUCGGAUGGUGAAGACUGUGUUAAUGAUGAUUAGCAACACAUCCUUUACUACGCUUUGUUUUUUUUUUGUCAAUAUGCUUUCGUAUAGAAAAAUAUAUACUUAGUAAUCAUGUGACUUGCUCCGUUUCCAAAACAUUCAGAGGUCAUUUCUGUUUACCAGAUUAUCCAUAUUAUCGAGUGGUUCUCGCAAAGCAAACCCUACGAAGAACGAUUAUGAUGUGUAAAUUCAUGCCUAUUAUUUAAUGGUCCUUACACUUGUUUUUUAAAUAUGUAUGAACAAAAUGAGAAAUAAAAAUGAAUUACAUAUAAAUAA